CCCAAUGCAGCACUCACUCGCUCGCUCCCCCCGCCAGCGGAAGCGCCCGCGGAGCACAAUGCAGCACUGAGGCAGCGCCGCGGUGGAGGCUGCAGCGCCACGGCCGCCGCAGCACCGGCCGGGGCUGGGAGGGGGCGGACGAGACGAGCCCGGGGGCGCGGGCCGAAGGAAGCGGACCCGGCGGCCCGGGCAUGAGGAGCUGAGCGUCUCGAACGAGGCGGGCUGACGGCAGCACCAUGCAGGCGGCGGCGGCUGCGUCGGUGCCCUUCUUGCUGCUCUGCGCCCUGGGGACCUGCCCCCCGGCGCGCUGCGGCCGGGCAGGAGACGCCUCGUUGACGGAGCUGGAGAGGAGGAACGAAAACCGCUUCCUGGAGCGCCAGAGCAUCGUGCCACUCCGGCUCCUCUACAGCUCGGGCGGCGAAGACGAAACUGGACACGACGCGCUCGACACGCGGGUGCGGGGCCACCCGGGCGGCCGGCAGUUGACUCAUGUUGACCAGGCAAGCUUCCAGGUUGAUGCCUUUGGAACAUCCUUUAUUCUUGAUGUCGUGCUAAACCACUAUUUGCUGUCCUCUGAAUACGUAGAGAGACACGUUGAACAUGGAGGGAAGACGGUGGAAGUUAAAGGAGGAGAACACUGCUACUACCAGGGCCACAUCCGAGGAAGUCCUGCUUCAUUUGUUGCAUUGUCCACAUGCCACGGACUCCAUGGGAUGUUCUACGAUGGGAACCACACCUAUCUCAUUGAACCAGAAGAAAAUGACACCUCCCAAGAGGAUUUCCAUUUUCAUUCAGUUUACAAGUCCAGACUGUUUGAAUUUCCUUUGGAUGAUCUUCCAUCUGAAUUUCAGCAAGUACACAUCACUCCACCAAAAUUUAUUUUGAAGGCAAGACCAAAAAGAAGUAAACGGCAGCUUCGUCGACAUCCUCGUAACAUAGAGGAGGAGACCAAAUAUAUUGAGCUGAUGAUUGUCAACGAUCAUCUAAUGUUUAAAAAACAUCGGCUUUCAGUUGUACAUACCAAUACAUAUGCGAAAUCUGUGGUGAACAUGGCGGAUUUAAUAUAUAAAGACCAACUGAAGACAAGGAUAGUAUUGGUUGCUAUGGAAACCUGGGCAGCUGACAACAAGUUCGCCAUAUCUGAAAAUCCAUUGAUCACUCUACGUGAGUUUAUGAAAUACAGGAGGGAUUUUAUCAAAGAGAAGAGUGAUGCAGUUCACCUUUUUUCGGGAAGUCAAUUUGAGAGUAGCCGGAGCGGGGCAGCUUAUAUUGGUGGGAUUUGCUCGUUGCUGAAAGGAGGAGGCGUGAAUGAAUUUGGGAAAACUGAUUUAAUGGCAGUUACACUCGCCCAGUCAUUAGCCCAUAAUAUUGGUAUUAUCUCAGACAAAAGAAAGUUAGCAAGUGGUGAGUGUAAAUGUGAGGACACAUGGUCUGGAUGCAUAAUGGGAGACACUGGGUAUUAUCUUCCUAAAAAGUUCACCCAGUGUAAUAUUGAAGAGUAUCAUGACUUUCUGAAUAGUGGAGGUGGUGCCUGUCUUUUCAACAAACCUUCUAAGCUUCUUGAUCCUCCUGAGUGUGGAAAUGGCUUCAUCGAAACUGGAGAGGAGUGUGACUGUGGGACCCCGGCAGAGUGUGUCCUUGAAGGAGCAGAAUGUUGUAAGAAAUGCACCUUGACUCAAGAUUCUCAGUGCAGUGAUGGUCUUUGUUGUAAAAAGUGCAAGUUUCAGCCCAUGGGGACCGUGUGCCGAGAAGCAGUAAACGAUUGCGAUAUUCGUGAGACGUGCUCAGGAAAUUCAAGCCAGUGUGCCCCAAAUAUUCAUAAAAUGGAUGGAUAUUCAUGUGAUGGUAUUCAGGGGAUUUGCUUUGGAGGAAGAUGUAAAACCAGGGAUAGGCAAUGCAAAUACAUCUGGGGGCAAAAGGUGAUGGCAUCAGACAAAUACUGCUAUGAGAAACUGAAUAUCGAAGGGACGGAGAAGGGGAACUGUGGGAAAGACAAAGACACGUGGAUACAGUGCAACAAACGGGAUGUGCUUUGUGGUUACCUUUUGUGCACCAAUAUUGGUAAUAUCCCCAGGCUUGGAGAACUUGAUGGUGAAAUCACAUCUACUUUGGUUGUGCAGCAGGGAAGGACAUUAAACUGCAGUGGUGGGCAUGUGAAGCUUGAAGAAGAUGUCGAUCUUGGCUAUGUGGAAGAUGGGACACCUUGUGGUCCCCAAAUGAUGUGCUUAGAACACAGGUGUCUUCCUGUGGCUUCCUUCAACUUUAGUACUUGCUUAAGCAAUAAAGAAGGCACUGUUUGUUCAGGAAAUGGAGUUUGCAGUAAUGAGCUGAAGUGUGUCUGUAACAGACACUGGAUUGGUGCAGACUGCAGCACGUACUUCCCUCACAAUGAUGAUGCAAAGACUGGCAUAACUCUGUCUGGCAAUGGUGUCGCUGGUACCAAUAUCAUAAUAGGCAUAAUCGCUGGCACCAUCUUAGUGCUGGCCCUCAUAUUAGGAAUAACUGCAUGGGGUUAUAAAAAUUAUCGAGAACAGAGACAGUUACCCCAGGGAGAUUAUGUAAAAAAGCCUGGAGAUGGCGACUCUUUUUAUAGCGACAUUCCUCCUGGAGUCAGCACAAACUCAGCAUCUAGUUCUAAGAAGAGGUCUGCUUUUCUGUCGCAUUUUCAGAUUUCUACCUGUUCCAUCACACAUUAUUCCAUUAGUCAGAACAUUUCAUUAUUUUGCAGCAGGUCGAAUGGGCUUUCUCAUUCUUGGAGUGAAAGGAUCCCGGACACAAAACACAUUUCAGACAUCUGUGAAAACGGACGACCUCGAAGCAACUCUUGGCAAGGUAACCUGGGAGGCAACAGAAAGAAAAUCAGAGGCAAACGAUUUAGACCUCGGUCUAAUUCAACUGAGAGGGAGCCCCAAGCACCUGAGCCUGGGCACUCCCUCGCCCAGACAGUCCCAUCCCAAGGCAUAAGCCCAGGGGGCUCUGACAGCCCCCAGACAGGGAGUCUGGAUCACAGGACUCUGUCUCCUGCCAAGUCUCCCUCUUCAUCAACUGGGUCUAUUGCCUCCAGCAGAAAAUACCCAUACCCAAUGCCUCCACUUCCUGAUGAAGAGAAGAAAGUGAACCGACAAAGUGCCAGGCUAUGGGAGACCUCCAUUUAAGAUCCACUGUUUACAUGUGAUACAUCAAAACUGUUUACUUCAACUUUUAUAGAAACCCAGCCUCACGGAAUCACUGCAAAUCUAUCUGCUCUUCAGACAAUACAGAGACCCUCUGAGAUGCCCCAGAGGAGAGGAAGCCGAGUCUCACAUCUGGAUACCAUUUUCUUUUUGUCAUUGGCUUAGGAUCUAAGUGAACCCUGAAAAGAACUACUGAAAUGUUACACUAUAACAUGGGAACAAUAAGGUACUGGUAUGCUCCUGGAUAAUCCGCAUGACAGAUAUAUGUAGAAAUAUCACUAAAGUUAACUCACAUGACCCAAAUGUAGCAAGUUUCCUAAGGGACAAUAGUGGAUUCAGAACUGACAUUCUGAAGCACAUCCUCAUUGUAGACAGUAAUGCUAUGUGCAUGAAGCUUCUGUUUAUUGCAAUUUCCACAUUUAAGGAAACAACAUCCCGUAAUAGAAACUAGCAUGCAGGGCUAAGGCAUCUAGGAUUUGUCUGCAGGACUUUAAAGCUUUGAGAGGCCAAUAUCCCAUAUGCUAACUCUGAACAUGUAUCUUUAUUAUUAUUUUUUUUUACUUCUCAUAUUUAUAUCAGCAUACAAGGAGAAUUGUACAUAUGUAAACAUUUUUAAAUAAAAGAAAGCAGCUGUUACACACAAGUAUAUUUUGCCAAAUGCCUAAAAAUAGUCACAGCCACAUCAUCAUCAUCCACCAAAUGGUCUCUAAAAAUGAUAAGCAGAUGAUGUUGUAAAUAUAGUGGUCAGUGCUGUAAAUGUGUCUCUCCAUCAUUGGUAUGCGUCCAAACCAUGUGAUAUCCCUUUAAACUGUGCACGGUCUGGAGGCAGUGUUAUUGAGUAAUUAAUUGAACCAGAGAACAAAAUGCCCAGCCUGCACAGCUGGCUGGGGCAGGGGUUGAGGGGUGAGGCUCCUCUCCUGCCCGCCUCCAGGCACUCCGAUGCUGAUGGCCUCUCCCCGGGACUCCUGCAGUCUGCCCCCGUUCUCCUUCUGGGAGCUACAGUGCCUGCCUCAGCAGCUGUUAGCUUACAGCACCAGAGCCCUGCUAGUUUCACCCUGGAGGCCUGUGAGCCCCUCGGCAGCACAUCCUGCUGAGAUGAAGCAAGUGCACCAAAGACACAUGAGACCAUGGGCCGCUGAUACCUUGGUAGCUUCCAACUUGCCAAUACUCCAACCCUUUGUGGCCUAAAUUUUUGUUCUUUGACAAAACUUUUUAGCCACCCUUACCUGUAAAAUGAAUGACUUGUUUUAAUACAACCAACUUUUACACUGUUUAUUAAGGAGACUUUUCAUCAGUAGGGUGGGAGUCUGGCAGGUCAUUCCACCCUGAUGGGGAAGCAAGAUGGUGGAGAGUUCUACCGGCUGGGCUGGGAAGCCUCUCCGGGCCACUGAGGGUUUGAAGAAACCUAACACAUAAGUGUGCGGCAACUGUGAAGUUACCCCGACAGUUGGCAGGGAAAAGAAUCCGAGGUUUUGAACUCUUAUUUUUUUUUAAUUCCUAGAAAAGUAAGAAAUCUAAGUUCAAGUCCCUUCUUUAAAGCCAAAGUUCGAUAAGCUGUUAUAAUGCAGCUCUGUCAUUUUAAAAGAAAACUUCCCUGGGGAGGCUACUCUAGUGAACUCAGAAAUUGCUGGGAAUCAAUCCGACGCUUUGAUGUGAAGAGUACUUCUGAAUUUCCUCAUUUUCUCUCCUUUUUCCUUGAGAGGAAUGGAAUCUGCAGACAAGAUUUCAGAAAUAUCCUCUAAAUUGGAUCUCUCCCAGUCGUGUCCACAGUCAAAAUCCACUUCAUCUCCAUGUGUAGUCAUCUUAGAUGCCCGAACUGAAGGGCCAUGUUAGAGGCAGCGUUUGAUCCUUUAUUUAUGUCUUCUGUAAUGGACCUCUCUUCUGAAAGUCUUUAAAAACGUUUGACAAGCAAUUUAAUCAUUCGAAACUGUAAAGUAUAAACAGUAUUUUUCAUGGCAGGAGGGGAUGUGAUCGUCAAUUCUACAAUAAGAUGAUCCAUCAGAUUAAGAUUUGGGUGAGUGUUGGGUGACCAUGCCACAUAGCUCAAGUGAAGGACAGGAGGGCAGACAGAUUUGAAAAUGUAGCAAAUAAAGUGGCUUUUGACCAAGAUCACUUUCAUGUGCACUGAAUGUUUUCUGGUAUUGAGUGUAUAAAAUGCUAAUGUUAUAAGGUUUAUUUUGACUAUAAAAGAGUUUAUAGAUUUGAAUGUAAGGUACUUUGUGUAAAUAUGCUUCUUAGUUAUGGUUACACAAACCCUCAUUUGACAGAAUUCACAAAUGGUGAGCCACUUGUGCACAGAUCCCCUCACCUCCCCCCCUUCCUCGCUUUCUCAGUUAUUUUUACAUGAAAAUUAUUGUUCCGAGUGAAAAUUAUUGUUACAUGCCUUUUGAGAGACAUGGGUGUUUAUAGUCAUCCUCCUUGAUAAUAACAUUCCUAUGGAACUGAAUGAAAAGCAUUUGUUUUACUUGCAGGGAGAGUAUGGUUUUAGAGUAGCUUUAAUGUUCUGGGUAUCUGUCGAAGAAUGUUUGAACAUUCUUACAGCCAUCUGCAGAAUUCUUUGACAAGUUCAUAAUCUCAGUGGGUAGUUUUGAGAAAUACUUCCAAGUGUAGUCAUGGUUGGCAUUUAGAUGUAUUAAAUCUAAAUAGUUGUGACUUUACAUCCAUGGAGGCAGGGAAAAUGGACCUAAGGCACCAAACAGAAGCACAGCAUAUUAUUUUUUUAUUAUCUCUUUUGGAGAGGAACUUUGCGGUCACCAUAGCAGUUUGUAUUAUGCAACUAAUAUUUAUAGCCCCCAGACAACUAUAGGACCAUUCUACUAAACAGAGGAGAGCAGUUAUUUGGCCUUUCUGUCCCAUUGUAUGCCUUUUUCUUCUCUUUCUAAAGUUGUGUGCGUAGAGAAAAACUUCAGAUUAACAACCUGCUGCCUGAGAUGUUCCAUUUGUCCAUAGACAUUGCAGAAGAGCAAACUCAGAUUUAAAGCAACAUUGAAAUCCCUUUAUUAAGAAUGCCAACAAGGGGGAUGCGGGGGAAGAGGGAGCCCCUGAAGGAACAGAUGGGUCCAACUGACUGGUCUGUGUCCAGCCAACUCUUUCUUUAGUCAGGAAGUGGCAUCCUCCUCUGGAGUCUCCCAACUGGAAAGUGAUCCCCUGGUCACCUGCAAAUCUGUGGAAAGGAGUAAACUCAGUGCAGCAUAGUGAGAGUUUUCAAUUUAGUGUCGUUGCUCUAUAAGAAACCCAGUGAUGUUCCUUAAAAAAAAAAAAAAAAAAAAAUUGACUAAUAAAGUAAAUGUAGGGUUAAAUUGUCAAACAUACUUUUUAGUUUGAGAUAGGUGCUUUAUGAAGUGGUACUACAGUUUCUUUCAUUUUCCCCUUGCUUUAAAAAGGCUUUUAGAAUUGUCUUUAUAUAUAAGGUCAGUCUGGUAUAGAUUUCUGAACAUAAGAUUGAGAGGGUUUCUAAAAGAAGUUGCUGAUAAAAUUAGAUCUUUUGUGCACUUCCAAAAAGGGACUAUUUAUAUUUGAAUUUCAUAACAGCCUUACAUUCCUUCUUUUUUUCCUUCCGUUGAUUGCCAUGCAGAUUUGCAUAAUUUAUUCCCGCCCAUUGUCCCAGAUCUCUUGUGGCUACUUUACCUUUUGCUUUUUUAGAUUUUGUUCUUUACUUCUUAUAGUUACCUGUGGACCAGAGGAAAUACGGUAUUUUUACUCACUUUAAGUGUUUUGAAAUCAAGCUUGUUUAUUUAUUUCAUCCAUCCUUCAUUUCCUGUUGUCAUGUAGUUCUGUUUUAACCUAUAUAUUUAGUGUUUUUAAAUAUUCCCUUGUGUUGUUCAACAUGAUAAUAAAUCCUUACCUGAAGAGAAGGCUCCUUUACUUUAUUCUCCCUCUACGUGAAGGAAGGGUAGUUCAUUGGGAGGAUGCCAAGUGGCCCGGGGGCACAGAGAUGUGUCACCGCAUGAUGGGAGUGAAGGGACGAAGAAUGGCCAGCCCAUUGCAGCCACAGCCUGACCAGGACACCCCUGCUAGCCACUGCCAAGGGUGCCCCCAUGUGCAGUGUAUUAGAAAUGCCACCCUACCAGUGAGUAAGUUCCCAUGUUUUCCAGGAAAUGCUCUGACUUGCAUUGGCAGGUGUACCGUCUACGUUUCAGGGUCCUAAUGGUCUUUUUCCUUUCACUUCUUAGGUGAUCCCCUAAAACCGUCACCCACGUUUUUGUUGUUCAGUGAAGUCAAGGUGAAUUUCUCAUUCUGCUAGCUUAAAUAUAUAUAAGAAGCAAACAUCUGUAUGGAAUAGAGCUUAAUUUGAGGUUCAGUUUUUUUGCUUUUCCCCUCAGGUGUUUUCUGAAUGGAUAAAACUACUCUGAUUUUGGAUGCAGACUUUAGAAAUCAGGGCAUAAUAUUUCUGUUCACAUUUUAUUCAUGGCUUUGUCAGAGUCCCCAAAAUGGAGUGCCAUCUGGUUCAGUUUAUAAGUAGAAAAACAAAACAUUGAAAAACAAGAACCUGCCUAGUAUUUUUGUCCUUUAUAUCCAGGGCCUGACGAACAGUAAGCAUCCUCCCUAUGGAAUUUGAGAGAUGCUUCCAGACCCUUCCUACUUCCCAAGUUGCUCCCCACCAGUAGCUUGUUAGCCCUUUUCUUCUGACUAGGAACUGUCACUGUCAUGGAGGUACGUCCCCUUUUUUCCCAGCUAAACUGACACUGGGGAGAACCACAGGGGUGCAGAAUAGCGGGGAGAGAGGCACCUUUAGUCUCCUCCCUUUGGCAACUGGGCAUGGAUUAUGCAACUUCAGAAGUCACAGAGAGAUUGGUCCUCAGGUGUGUUUCAGGAUGGGGAGGGGAUAGGAAGCAAGCCUUGGGAGGUCACGGGGCAUUUAGUCCUGGCAUAGCAGCAGAAUGGAGACGUGCAUGAACUCGGAAGUCAGGUGUGCAGAAGGUGGUCACUGGGGGUGCGGUGGGGACAGAGGGGCUACUCGAGUGCCUGCAAUAGACCCGUGAGCUUUGCAGUUUUCCUGAGUGGUUGGCUCUAUAAAUACUUAACGGGCCGGUCCAAGAUGCGCCAGUCAUUCUUGCCUGGUGCGUCCCUGCUGCAUUAUUCAUAAAACCUGUAUUGUACUGAGAGGUGCUUCAAGCAAGGCUGGCAGAGUUUUGCUCCACGGCAUCAUUAUUUCAUGUUUUCAGAGAUCAAAACCAGGGAAAAUGUAGGGUGUUUUUGUUUUUUACAAAAAGGCAUACAAUGAGACGAGCGAUCUUAAGGUAAGGCACUUACAAAAUAAUCAAUAAAGUUUUCAAAGAGUUUAUGAAGGACAUUUUCCUCUCCAGUUAAAAAGUUUCAGAGGUGGAUUUUUGUGUUCUAAUGUUCAAGUUCUAAAAUAAUGUGACUUCCCCCAAAUCUUUAAACACAGCGGUGCUAAGUUAUACCAGAUAACACAUUAUGGAAAGUGCUGAUAUGAAUUAAUAAUUUAUUCAGUAAUAAUACAAGAGUUCCUGCUAAAUUAUACAUGUAUGUCACUGCCUGAUUAGAAACCCCACUUUUCUUUUCUAAUGCAGCACAAUAUCCAACUGUGAUUCUAUAGCUGGUCUUUUUAAUGGGCAAAAACGACCCAACACCUUUGUUUUAUAUGGAAAACUUUUUUUUUUUUUAACACUAACUUCAAAAGUGCUUAACAAAAGGCUUAUUCAGGAUAACUAAGCAUGUAUGUCCUUUUUUAACCUGCUGGAAGAGAUGUGCCCCUCCAAUCUAGCAUCCCCAAAAAGACAACUUCUUUUAGAAACUGGGCAUUCUACCUAAACAUAGCAGUUUAUAGGUUAGCCAAGGUAGGUCUGCGCUAGUGUUGCCCACAACCGUCAUCUCUAAGGGGUGAUAGCCAUUUCCAGAGUGGAAGCCACUUCGUGGGCAAGUGUUAAUAGCAGCCUGAUUUCACUUUUGGUAACCAGGUGAUCCUGUGCAUAUAUACUUAAGAUUGGCUUCAUUUUAAUAUAUUCUCUCUGCUCCUCUGCACUUCAGGUUCUUAAGCUAUUUUAAAAGUAACUGGGUUUUGGCAAUCACCAACUGAAAUGUAUAUGGCAACUGCUUUCCUGAGCAGGCGUGAUAUGUUUUAUGGCUGUUCAAGUUAUCAAGUUGUUCUUAUAUUGUAGGUAAACAAAAUCUUACUGUUUUUAAAGGUCGCUGUAACUUGUUCAGAUUUCUGGCACCAUUUUAUUAGCAACUCACUUCUGAAGCUGAAAAGAUACCAGUUUUCUAUGUUACUGUCAUUGUAACACCAAUAA